GACGGGACGGGAUCGGAGUCGCCGCUGCAGCCGCCGGCCGAGGUGCAGCCGCGCAGCCGCCGCCCGGGACGCAGCCGCCGCCGCCGCCGCUCCAGCGCUGGCCGCACGCCCUAGCCGGGCUCUGCCGCAGCGGCGGGGAGGAGGAGCCGCGCCAGCGAGACCCGGGAGCCCGGGCGCCGCCAGAGCCGCCGCCGGGCCUGCCGGAGCGGCGCGCACGCUCGCUCCCGCCGCCGCGCACGGACCCUCCGUCUGCCAGCCUCGCUGCACCUGCUCCAGGCCCCCGGAGCGAGGACGCGAUGCGCUCCGCGUUGGCGCUUGCGGCGCUGCUGCUGCUGCUGUCGCCGCCGUCGCUCUCCCAGGAAAACAGUCCCCAGCCCGGCCCAACCCCCAUGGCCACUUCAACAUCUACCAGGCCUGCCCCAGCCUCAGCCCCAGCCCCCAAAAGCUCCGUGGCGGCUUCGGUCCCGGCCGAGCAGAACACUACACCCAUGACGACGAAAGCCCCAGCCACCCAGAGCCCCUCUGCAUCCCCUGGAAGCUCCGUGGAGAACUCAGCCCCGGCCCAGGGCUCGACCACAACACAGCAGAGCCUGAGUGUUACUACUAAGGCUGAAGCUAAGGAUGCAGGUGGCGUCCCCACGGCACACGUCACCGGCUCUGCUCGGCCUGUCACCAGUGGCAGCCAGGUCGCAGCUCAGGACCCAGCUGCAUCCAAAGCUCCGAGCAACCACAGCAUCACCACAAAGCCUCUGGCCACAGAGGCCACGAGCCAGGCCCCCCGUCAGACCACAGAUGUCGGCACCCCGGGACCCACUGCUCCUCCUGUGACCAACUCGACCAGCCCUGACCUGCUGGGCCAUGCCACCCCGAAGCCCUCCGAGGGGCCCCAGCUCAGUUUCCCCACGGCUGCUGGCAGCCUGGGCCCUGUCACUGGCUCUGGCACCGGCUCUGGCACCCUCUCCACACCCCAGGGGAAGCCUGCGACACUGACGCCCGUGGCCAGCUCAGCAGAGACUCAAGGGAUGCCCAGCCCGAUGCCACCCAGCCCAGCCUCCCCCUCCUCCUCCCCCUUUCCCUCCUCUCCCUCCCCCUCCCCCGCACUGCAGCCCUCGGGCCCCUCGGCGGCAGGAACAGAGGACACAACCGGCAGGGGCCCCACAAGCUCCAGCACUGAGUUGGCUUCAACUGCCCUGCACGGCCCCAGCACGCUUUCCCCCACCUCGGCAGUGAGAGACCAGAGGGUAAGCUGCGGGCCUCCGGAGAGACCAACCGAGCAGCUGCUCAUCCUGAACCUCACCAGAAGCAGCCCCUGCAUACAUGUAUUUCAAAGGCAGAGUCAGGGAGAAGGAGAGACAGAGAUCUCCAUGCACUCGACAGACAGCCUUCCGGAAGACAAACUGGUCACCCUGCUGUGCCGAGCGGCCAAGCCCACCUUCAACCCCGCCCAGGACCAGUGCCACGUGCUGCUGGCGCCCAUGCUGGGGAGCCACGCGGUGGUGGUCAAAGAAAUCACCAUCAAGACGAAUCUGCUGCCCACGGCCGUGUUCGAGCUGCUGAAGGACAGAUGGGAUGACCUGAGAGAGGAGGGCGUCAGCGACAUGCAGCUGGGGGACCAGGGGCCCCCGGAGGAGACCGAGGACCGCUUCAGCCUGCCGCUCAUCAUCACCAUCGUCUGCAUGGCCUCCUUCCUGCUGCUUGUCGCGGCCCUCUACGGCUGCUGCCACCAGCGCCUCUCCCAUAGGAAGGACCAGCAACGACUCACGGAGGAGCUGCAGACCGUGGAGAACGGUUACCAUGACAACCCGACCCUAGAAGUGAUGGAGACGUCGGCCGAGAUGCAGGAGAAGAAGGUGGUCAACCUUAACGGGGAGCUGGGGGACAGCUGGAUUGUCCCGCUGGACAACCUGACCAAGGACGACCUGGACGAGGAGGAAGACACGCACCUCUAACGGGUCUGCCGCCGCCCGCCCCCACCACUGCUCACUGACCACCUCAAGUGCCGCUGGACCGGGGAGGACGUCCCCUUCCGGCUCCAGGAGAGGACUGGGGGAGCGCGGCUCCCAGGGCCGCCCCCUCCCAGCGCCCCCAGGGCCUUGCCUCUCCCUUCUCAAGCUGAACACGUCACAGCCCAUGCAGAUCCCUCCUGUAAGAUAACCCACGAGUGCCUGAGCGCAGUGCUGCUGGCAGGGGCCAGGCAGGCUCAGGGCGAAGCAGCGGACCUCCAUUCCCCUACUCACAGGCCCCGCCCUUCUGUCCCAUGCUCCUGUGCACCCAUCUACACCGUGGUGCUCACUUGCGCCCUCUCCUGGGCACAGGGUGAAACUGCAGUUGGUGGGUGGGCUGGAAUGGAGAGCAGGCCCAGACCUGGUUGGAGGUCUCCGUGGGGUCCGAUGACUCGGAAGGACAGGUCCCCAGUUCUCAUCUCUUUUCCCCGCCUCGCCUGCCAGCAGUUCUUCCUUCUCCCCUUUUUUCCACUUGGUCCCAGGGCCCCUGGGGGUUUGCACAGGUCAUUUCCGGACCUUGGACCUCUUGUUCUGCAUUCUGAUUUCCUUACAUUUGCUUAACGGAAUUGGGACUUAGCCCAGACGGGCCUCUCAGUGUGAGCGAGUUCUGCCUACGGGGUCCAGAGGGGAGCCCUGCACCCACACUGGUCGGUCACCCCCGGCUCUCCAGGGAGAGGCUCCCCAAGCUCUCCUUUGGUCUUCCAACCUCCCCCCUCCCAGGGACUAAAAGCUGCAGUAGCAAAGUGUUCCUCUGGUUCAGUUCACUGACCAGGGUGAAUCCCAGAGCCCCAGCAGGGAGGGGCAGGACAGGCCCCGCCCAGACGUGUCUUACCGGACAAUCCCCUGGAACAGCCAGGAAGACAGGCAUGACUCUCCACUGCAUAGAGAACUCAGGGACUUCUCAAGUUGCUGAGGGUUUUGUUCUGUUUGCAUGCACGUUUGUUUUCUAACCCAGCCCUCCACUGCCAAAGGCCAAAGCUCAAAUGACUGGGGACUCAGUUAAUCCAGGCCUGGUUCUCCUGUGGCCUCACAGGAAGGCAGGCCCAGGAUACGCAGUGCACGCUAAGGUGUGUAACUCACCGUGCUGUUUGUCUUCUCCGUAACCCACUGGGGCUACUGGGGGCAUCUCAGGGAAGCACAAAGCCAUGUCCGUUCCCCAACAUGGGAGGCCUGUGUGUGGGCUCAGCAGCCAGCUGGCGGGUAGAAGGCAGAGUGAGGUUUAAGCUGAUCUGAGAAGGGGGAAUCCUGCCUAGAAUCUGGAACUUAUGGCCUUUAUUGUUCUGGGCAUGAGUCACCUGGAACCCAAUAGGAAAAUGGCAGAACUGUUUAGGGGAACGAAAAUCGUCAUUUCAGGGCUAAAAUCCACGCACUUCUCCAGGGUCCUAGAGGCAGAGCCAGGCUGCACUGGUUAGAAUGAAUCAGGCUUUCUGCUUUGGCCCAGGCUGUUUUUAAAAGGGGGUGGGGCUCAGGGAAGAGCCUUCCCUGGCCGCCAGAUUGCUCCCUGAUGCAGGCUGUAGCCAUUUCCUAUCCUAGAGGAAGAGAAAGGUCAGAGUCAAGGGUGGCCGCUCCAGUUUCCCGAGAGUUGGGGGAAUGCUAGGCCCGAGCGUCCCCAAGGAUCCGCCCUGACUCUCUAGCAGCUGGAGGUGUGGGCUGGGCAACUGUGAAACAUUAUGCUGGAGCACGGUCUCGGCUUCUGCACCUGCCCCUGGGGGAGAGGCCGGACUGGAUCAUUUCUCCUGUGCUGGUUCGGGGUCAUGUUCCCCAGCCAGGGCAUUCGACAAAGGCAGCAAGUAUGCCUGGGCUGCAGCUCUGAGAGAUGACUGGCAGGGACUAGAGAGCAGGACGCUGGCCUGGUGAGAAGAAUGGCCGUGCAGUGUCCAUGGAGAGCCUGGGACAGCUUUCCCAGGACUGCCACUGGGGCUCCUGCCUUUCAGGCGUCUUCAGAAUCCGGUAUGGUACCUUGGCUUUCUCCUGCCAGUAGGACCAGGCCACGUUACCAUGCCUCUGUGGAGGUCAUUUUCUUUCCCUGUCUUUUCUGGAUUCUAAAUGCUGUCCGAUCGCUGAGAUUCUGGGGCUGAGACGAGGUGAGAGGAACGCCAGGUGCUCAGCAGGACUGUAUGCAAGUUGUACCAAAGAGAGCUUAGGAACUGUUUCUUUCAGGGACAAGCGGGGGGUCUGCUGGGCAGCCUGGGCGGUGCUGACGGAGGAGGUGCAGAGCAUGGCACGGGCCUGAUCCAGUCCAGGCACCAGGCUGGCCCCUGUCUGGAGGAGAGCUAGCAGAGAGCGUCAACACUUCUUGGGCUUUCUCUUUGACAAUAUACUGGAGAAACUUACAUAUGUUAUUUUUUUUUGGUUAUGUAAAUACAGUGGCCACGUGUUAAUCUAUCUUGCACUGCUUUAAGUGAAUAUACUUUGAAAAAAAAAAAAAACGUGUUAGCUAGGAGAGAUGGCUAAGCUCUUUCUCUGAACACGAAUGUAAAUGUCUAUCCUACUAGAAAUGAAAACUGUGUGUUUUUUUUAAAUGUUACGUAACAAGACAAGUUGGUGACAAAGUAUUUGUCUUGUAGAUCGGGCAUUUUUAUUUUAAAAUGUGACCCUGGCUGGAGUCAGCUCGCAAUGGCUGGACUGUGAUGCUCUAGUGGGAGGUCUAGUCCAAUCUUUUCCCGACUCUGAAGCCCGCAGCGACAUGCUAAACUCCCAGGGUUAUUUAGACAGGAUUGGGAGCUGCAGCCGUAGCCUGCCCAGUACUUUGAGCCCCAGAGUCAGCGGCUCGCGGGCUGCCACUUGUGGGCACCAGACUGACACAGGGGAGGGAAUUACCCCGCAGUCCCCCCGCCCUUACCCGGGAAGGCCAGGGAGGGCACGAAGACAACGGGGACUCCAUCCACAGGCCGCAUGCACUUCCUGUGAGUCAGCGAUGUUGGAGGAGGAGUCUUUCUGCCAACGCUGUUGAAUGAACUUUCUCAGGCGGAACUUCUCCCCGCAGGACCAAGGACCAAAGGGAACAAGACAGGGGGAGCGGAGAUGGCAGAGUAAAACCACAGCAUAGCUUUUGUCACUGUCAUAGCUGACCUCGGGUCUACUGAGAACCCGACACCAAGGGGGAGGGGGCACUGUUACUUGAUGUGGGUCUUAUUGUUAUUAUUGUCAGUAAGUGUUAAACAUUUUGCCCAGGAGACUGGGGAAGCAGAUGUCUUAGUGGACAGGGGUCUGAAGUACACUGGACUUUAUGGAGAAACUUGUUUGUAAAGACUUAUAAUUAUUGCAUUUUCUUACAAAAAAUAUAUUUUGG